GCACGCGCGGCCGGCCGGGGUCCAUGUUGGCGGCGGCGCCAUGGCCAAAGACUACGUGCUGAUCCUGGCAUCGGUGGCGGCGAUGGCCGUCAUCUCGGCGGCCACGUUCCUGUGCUCCCGGCGGCGGCAGGCGCCGUCGCCGUCGCAGCGGCGCGCCGCGGCGGGCGACGUGGAGCUCGGCCAUGGCGUGGCCGGGAUCGACGAGGCCGUCCUGUCCGGGUACCCGACGCUGGUGUACUCGUCGACGUCGCCGGAGAAGAAGGACGAGGAAGAAGCCGCGGGAGCACCGGGCGGGUCCGACGCGGCGCGGUGCGCGGUGUGCCUGGCGGACUACGCGGACGGCGACGAGCUCCGGCGGCUGCCCGACUGCCAGCACACGUUCCACCGGGGGUGCAUCGACCAGUGGCUGCGCCGGCGGCCCACCUGCCCGGUCUGCCGAGCGUCGCCGCCGCCGCCGGCGGGGAAGGCGGCGGCAGCUAGCACCGCCGCCGUCGCCGCCGGAUCAUAAGGUCGGUCGUGGGGCCCGGCGGCGUGUGCGACGUCGAUGCAUGGACAGCGCGUGCAGCCAAGAGAGUUUCUUUGGUGUCGUGACCAUUUUGCGUCGUAUAGCCAUAGCUUGGACAAUGCAGAGGACAGGAGAGCGGCGAAACUUACAAAAUUCUUUUAUUAUUUUGAAAUUGUUAUAUAUUUUACCUUCUUUCUUGUACAUAGCUUGUGCAGCAGAGUAGAUCAUGGAUACCCACAAGGCCAUGUACUCCUUUGGAAAUGGCUGUGCUUUCCCUUUCCCAAAAGCAAAGCAAAAAAAA